CAUCUUCCAACAUUGCAAAUUGUCCCAUGUAGGCUUUUCCAUCGUUAUUUAUUUAUUAUGUGAAGAAGGGCGUUUCAAGGGAAGAGUCCUCUUGAAUUCAAUCUCAUAUCCCUAACGUGUAACCUCUGAAGCUCUCGAUAGUGUCGUCCAUGGCUCCUCGAAUUCGCAUCUCACCCAUUUUCUUCUUCUGCUCACUUCUUCUGGUAGCGCUUUCCGAAGCUUAUCUCCCCCUACCUUUCCGGAGCCUUCCUCUGCGAUCUGAUCCCAGCGUCCACGAUUUGCUCACCAAAUACGGCCUCCCCAAGGGUCUUCUUCCCAACAACGUUAAAUCCUACGCUCUCUCCGACGACGGCUCCUUCCGCGUAGAACUCCAAAAGCCUUGUUACGUGCAGUUCGAUCGUUUGGUUUAUUACGAUAAGGUGAUUACUGGUAAGCUUACUUACGGAUCGGUGUCCGACGUGUCUGGAAUACAGGCGAAGAAGCUGUUCAUAUGGCUGCCUGUGACCGGAAUCAAAGCCAAUGAGAAAUCAGAUACUGUUGAAUUCUACGUCGGGCCGUUGUCGGAGGAGCUUCCUGCUAAACAGUUCGAUGAUAUACCUUCGUGCAAGCGUCAGGCAUGCAGAGGGAAAGCAAUUCACCCUGAAGCCAUGUGAGGACAGGUGGAAUAUGAAGGGAGUUGCAUGUGUUGCAGGACAUGAAUAAAGUGGGACGCUUGUGUGGUGCCUUUAGAGAGCUUACAGUUGCAGCGGAGGACACCUUGGUGCAUGAAAUGGAAUUGAUGCUUUUAUGGUUUGUUUGUGUCCGAAACAGAAACACAAAUUGUAAAGUAAAUCCUUAGAGCGUAAUUACAACUCCGCACUCAGAUCCCACUAUGAAUCAAUGUUGUGUGGUGUCACAUUUGUUGA